AUGGCCCAAGAAAGCUGUAAUCUUGACAAAGAUGAGGCCGAAAUCCUGAAACCCUCCUCUUCUUCCUCCCCUUCUCCUUCUCCAUCCUCUCCUCCUCCGUCUUCCUCAUCGCCUCCUCCUUUAUUCAUGAAACCCUGCGAAGAAUUCCCGGUCCAGAGGCCGGAAGCUCCGGCCGCCGCGGCGUCGCCAGCCGCCGCCGUGGUCUUGACCACUCCGAAGCCCGACGAGGAAGCUCAGUCACCCGUUCGGUUUAGUAACAGGUGCUCCACCUGCCGGAAAAAGGUGGGCCUGACUGGAUUCCGGUGCCGAUGCGGCGAUCUCUUCUGCGGCCGCCACCGAUACUCCGACACCCAUGACUGUUCCUUUGAUUACAAGGCGGCCGGAAGGGAGGAGAUUGCAAAGGCCAACCCUGUUGUUAGAGCUGCUAAGAUCAUCAAGAUCUAA